AUGGAGAAGAGAAUGAUUUGGCCUCCCAAGGUCAUUCUGCAGACACCUCUUGGAAUCAUGCGCGAUGGCACUGGCAACUGGCUCCCACGAGACAUCGGCAAGUCUUCCCAAUUUUCCAAUGGUCAUGUUGUCGUACAAUUUGGCGACACCUUCGACCAUGACCCCAACGGAAAUUUCCUGGGAGUGAGAGAUAACACCUGCGCCAUAAUCCCGGAUAACAACAAUCCAACUCUCUCGAAGUACAAACUAGAUUCGAAGGAUGAAGUACCGGUAUUCGUUCACCAGCGCCCGAAAGAAUUUGCCAUCCCAACAAAAUUCUGGUCAUUUUCCGGAAUCAUUGAAGUUGAAGGAGACCAAACUAGAAAAUGCCAUCACGAGAAAGGGAUAAUUCAUGGGUACACCUGGUUCAAGAUCACCAGGAUGACGGGUAUGGACGAGACCUAUCUUCGUAUGGGGGUUGCAAAAGUAGAGUACGACUCACGAAGUCGACAAAUCAGAGCCAUUAAGCCGACGCCUGGCAUCGAGAAUGUUGGCCUGGCCCAGAGUCACGAAUCUUUGUCUAAUGUUGAGCUCAAAUCGGCAACAUUGCCCUCUUUUGGAUCGAUCACAGCACUUCGAGUGGACGAUUUUAUCUACCUCUAUGGCCAAAUUCUCGACGCCGACAAGGACGUAGUCCUGGCUCGUAUCCGUAUUUCCUGUCCAACACCGUACACAUACUGGACUGGCACUGGCUGGUCGGCUUUUCCUGCAGACUGCCGUCCCAUUAUGUCCCACAUCGAGCACGGACAGAUAUUCCACACAACAAUAUUCGGGGCCAAUUCGCUGUACAAGUAUAUGUUCGUUGGUUGUUCGUCCUUUGGAGACUCCAAAAUCCUUAUGGCUCGAGCAAAAUCACCAGAAGGACCAUGGGACGAUGGCUGGGUCCUCAAUGACGCGGACUUAUAUAAUUCAGACCCAAAUAAGCCGCCAACGGGUCCGUUUUUCUACUGUAUUUAUCCGCAUCCUUGGGCGUUGGGAUUCGAUGGGGUUGAGAGCGACGGUAUGUCGAAGACUGGCGAUUUCAUGAUCUCAUGGAGUGAGGGCGGGUUGGUAGGAGGCGUAUUGGCGGCGAGUUUCAGAUUUAAUAUGGAGGUGAAGAGGAUCGCAGACCCUGAUGAUGAGCCUGUUAAGAGGGGCGGCGAUGUCAAAUGGAGUUGUGGACCAAACUGA